AUGAGGAAGCGAGCUGGGGCCUGCUCCGGGGACCUGAUUGUCUUCGACAACCGUCGGGUUCUGCAUGCGCGCACCGCCUUCGAGUCGGCCACCGGUGAGCGGCACCUCCGCGGGUCGUACCUCCGACUGGACGACUGGCGCGCGGCCUGGCGCCAGCACUGUGGCGGCACGGCGGCCGGCGGCUCGGACGCCGAUGAUUGCCCUCGUAGCGACUGGGGCUGGGAGGAUCCCACCGCCGAGUCCGAGUGA